CAUUUAUCGUUUAAAGAUUAUAUUACAAGCUGACGUCAAGAUUAGUGACGAUUAAUGACAUUGUAACGUGUUUGUGUUAUCUGCAUACGUGCGGCGAUGAUAUUUUAGAAAGGGAUGGGUAAAUAAAUAGAAUUGCUGUCGUGUACAGUAGAAAAAUGGCAUUGCCAAAUAAAAUUACGCUUUUCUUUUGGAAAAUUACUCUUGUCGGAUACGUAAUUGCAUAUCCAGAUAAAUAUGAAUUCCAAGGUUCAUAUAUUGAUACUAAUAUGAAAUUCAAUUUAUUAGAUAUAUUGAAUGAUUAUACAGAGAGUGAAAAGGACCAUCGUAGGGACUCCACCGAUGAUCCAUAUGAAAAUUGGACUGGUCGUUGGAUGCCAAGUCGACCUGGGGAACCUACACCGCCGCCUAAAGUUGUUUCUAAUAAAGGUAAAGAUGAAGAAUCGCACCACGAUUCUAGAGUCCCAAUGGGCGUUAAAUCACCAGAUUGCGAUGAUGGAAAGACUAAUUUGACAGUGGACUGGGAUCACUCUGUAACAAGUUACACUUGUUACGGUCAGAAAAUUAAUCCUGAUACAGAAAUUUCUCCAGAAUUAUAUUGUGAUACAAUACCCAAAAAAUACGAGGCUAUCCAUAAAUGCAUGUACGAGAGUAUUGAAUAUAAAGAUGAUAUUCCAACAUACGGAAGUCAUCGUCCAAUUUGGCCAACAUAUGGAGAAUACACGUACGUGCCAAAACAAAGAUGGAUUCACAAUUUGGAACAUGGAGCUGUCGUCAUGUUAUAUCAUCCGUGUGCAAAUAGCUUGGAAGUGGAACGUCUAAAGGGAGUAGUAAAGGGUUGCCUCCGCAGACAUAUUAUAACACCCUAUGAUCUCGAUGAAACCAAACCAUUAGCGUUGGUGACAUGGGGCUGCCGUUUAACCAUGUCCCAUGUCAAUAAAGAAUUGGUUAUUGACUUUAUUAAGGAACACGCUCUCCAUGCUCCAGAAAAUCGCGUUUACAAAGACGGAGAUUUUGACGAUCAGUUAAUAAAAAAGUCUGACAUUGUAUCCGAUGAAGAGGACAGCAUAAUAUGCUUUAAGCAAAUGUGAUUACUUCAAUACUGAUCUCUAAUAUACUAAUACAUAUGAUCUGUAAAAUUACUUAAUUUAUAUUUCGAAAUACGUUAGUCUGUGAUUAUUUUAUACG